AUGGCGAAUACUCUGGUGGGAAAACUCUUCUCCUUGCACCCCACGGUGGAGAUGGUUAGAAAAUGGGUCAAGGACAAAUGGAAACUGAAAGAGAGUGUUUCUGUUAGCGCCAUGCCUGGAGCCCUCUUCCUCUUCAAAUUCAUCGCUGAGGAGGAUGUCGCUCUUGUCCUUUUUGGCUGUUGGUCCUAUGGUCGAAACAAUCUUUCCCUUUGUCGAUGGAAGGCUGGUUUUGACCUAGCCUUUGAUUUGCAGAAAACUGCUCCGGUUUGGGUUCGGUUCCCGGGGCUCCCCCUUGAAUACUGGGAUGAGUCCAUCUUUAAAUGGAUUGGGAAUUCCUUGGGUCAUUUUGUUGGUGUUGAUGAGAUUACCAAAACCAAAUCGUGCCUGGUCUAUGCUCGUUUCCGUGUUCAAGCUACUGUGAGCAUGAACCUCCCCAACUUUAUAAGCCUCAAAUCCAGGCUUGGUAGCUGGACUCAAUCCCUUGUUUAUGAAAAUGCCACCCUUUUCUGCCAAAAAUGCCGCAAAACUGGGCAUUAUAUUUCUCAAUGCAAAGCUCCGACUCCCUUGCCUCUUAAGCUCAAGGGCCCGACCCUAGAUGAAAGCCCUGUGCCAAAUGUUCCUCCCAUACAUAAUGGCCCGAUUGUGGGGCAUGUUGUGGCUCCUACUUCUGGCCCGGACCUGCCUCCCCCUGUAGUUGAGGACCCGGUUAUGGAAGAGUACCCCUUUGCUAAGAGUAUUAUCAACCUUCUCAAAUCUCCUGCAAAGAAUGUGGACGAGGCCUCUAAAUCGACCUUGAAGGAACAGUGCAUCUCCCUGAUGGCUAGCUUGGUUUCACCGGUUGAUCAACUGGAAGAUGGCGAGGGGCCCCAUUCUUGCCUCGGAGACGACUCGCUCCCCGACGGUGUUAUCUCAUCCCGCUCCGCACUAGGGUAUCCCCUCUCCUGGUGCUCCGCGUCAUCCAAUGGUAGCAUGACUCCUGUUAAUGAGGGCUGGAUUACCCAGAGACACAAAACCAGGAAUGCAAAGCCUGAUGUGGGGUUGGACCUUAAAGCGGGCUGA